GCCCUCCUGCACCUGCACAAAGGGGACGAAUGGCGGUUAGUUGAUGGAUGGCCUUAAUAAAGACAACUGUUUAGCGUCAGUAUGUUAGCUUGUUGUGGAGUUUACCUUGGAGCGCCAGUGCAGUUUCUUCACCGUGUUUUUAGACAUGGCGGCCGAGCUGAAAACAGGAAGUCAGUAAACAUAUAUGUCAUGUAAUACCAUUGAAGUCUUUUCUGCUACUCUUUUCUUUUUGGCUUGUCAUUUUGCAACUUUCAUUUCUAUUUCUCUAACACUAGCUGCCCUCAUGUCUUGCCUCACAAAUUGUAUCAAUCUUUUCUUACGUCUUGCUUUCCCGGCAAUUCCAUCCUCAUCACCCCUCAACCAAUACUCACGCUUUACCCUCUGGAUGUGUCCAACCCCCCAAAAAAUCAGUCUGCCCUCACCACUGUCUUAUAAACUUUCCCCUCUAUCCGAACAGUGAUGCUAAAAUAUUUACCUUUAUAAAUAAGUCAGGUUUUGCCUUUAAACCUUCUAUCAGAAACUUCUCAAGGUUUAGAAACUUUUUUUGGGACUACAGGCUUCUCAAAGGAUUAGUAUCUCAUUAGAGAGAAUCCAGUCAGUUUUCAAAAGAAAAUAUUUUUCAGCCUUGUCUAAUAAAUAUCCGGGUUGGUCCAAGGUGACCCGAGGCUGGGUACCAGUCUGACAACCGGUCUCUAUCUUGACUUGGGACUAGAAUCCUUUUCUUGGACUAGAGCCCUCUCUCUUUGGUUAAGUGUUCACCUGAUUAAUAUCAUACCUAAAGAUUAAAGGUGACAUGUUUUUGGUUAUGUCUUUAUCAAAUAUCUUAAAUAUAUACAUUAACUUUGUGCACUUUGUAGGUUGUUGCUUGGGCUUCAGUCCAUUUGCUUGAAUUAGUUUCGAUUAGUUUGUCUAUGGUGUGGACACUCAAUCUUGCCUUUCAUGCAUGCUAACACACACACACACACAUUGACUGGACUCUUUCAGUCACGCAUUUGCUAAGCCGCUAACUCAGCACCCAUCCACAGACAAAUAACACAAACGCAUCCGAGGAGAAGUAUCGUUUCCCGUGUGUGUUACCUGUUCAACGUUGCGUUGUACUCAGUUCUUUGUGUCGUCACUUCGUGUUUGUUUAUGUGUGUUAACGUGUGUGUGUGUCUUUACAACUGUGGUCGUCACUCGCUCCUCCCUCUUUGAUAGGGGUGGUCAAAGGUCGUAUUUCAGUGUUUAAGGUGUAAUGAAAGGAAUGCGUGUGUGUGCGUGUGUUGUAUACAGCAAACAUUACGUGCUAUAUUUUUAUGAUUCUAAUUGCUAUCAAGAACCAUUAAAAACCAUACUGUUGAAUCGACCGGCCUAACCUACCUACCUACCUACCUACACACACACACAGUGUUCCCCCCACAACUGAACAAUGAUUGUUCCAAAUGUCCUUAAAUGUUUUGUGAAAUGUCUUGUCUACGCUAGUUAAACUAACCUGUUAUCCACCACAGUGGCUAGUUAGGAAGAAGGCUGGCCAACAGCAUAAGGCUAUUUUUCCACUACGCGUUAAUGGUUUACUCAUUUCUAUGAUGUCAUUUUCCACAGAAUGACGUCACCUUAGCGCCUGAACCGUUAGGAGGAAGAUGACUGGGUCAUGUCUGUUUUUUUAGGCAUCAACCGUCCAAUAUUCAACAACAACAACAAUAAUAAUGAGCCAUGAAGGGACCAACAUGAAUGCCUGAAGUGGACCACCAGAAGACAUGCAGCACAACCACAAAAGCGCAGCACGUAACGGCUACGCCAACGCUGUGGAUGGUGAAGAUGGUGGCGGCGAGGGUGAGGAAGGUGGGGAGGAGGACGGAGGAGAAGGAGGAGGCGGAGGUGGGGGAGAGGAGAGAGACGGCGGGGACUGGGACGAGGAGCUGGAAGGGGACGACCAGGGAGUGAGAAUGACUCGGACAGAUACCCUCCACUCGACCACCAGUUCCACCGGAACGCAACGUAGGAGAGGACAACAUGCAAAGAAACAGGUCCAGGGAACCAAUCAGGUCCAGCGAGCUCCCCGAGCGCUGUACUGCCUGAAGCUCAACAACCCAAUCAGACGUGCUGCGCUGUCUAUUGUUGAGUGGAAGCCUUUUGACAUCUUCAUUCUGUUAGCCAUCUUUGCUAAUUGUGUGGCACUGGGUGUGUCCAAACCGUUUCCUGAGGAUGACUCCAACUCCACCAACCAUGACCUGGAACAAGUGGAGUAUGUCUUCCUCAUCAUCUUCACAGUGGAAACCUUCCUGAAGAUCUUGGCUUACGGUUUGGUCAUGCACCCAAGUUCUUACAUCCGCAAUGGCUGGAAUCUUCUGGACUUUGUUAUUGUCAUCGUCGGGUUGUUCAGUGUCGUCUUGGAGACCAUGACCCACAAGUCAGGGGAGCAGGCGAGUACGCACCACAUGCCAGGCAAACCUGGAGGUCUGGAUGUCAAAGCGCUGCGCGCCUUUCGGGUCUUGCGGCCCCUCAGGCUGGUUUCCGGUGUUCCGAGUCUGCAGAUUGUGCUGAACUCUAUCAUGAAGGCGAUGGUUCCGCUGCUCCACAUCGCUCUGCUGGUCCUUUUCGUCAUCAUCAUCUAUGCCAUCAUCGGCCUGGAGCUCUUCAUCGGACGCAUGCACAGAACUUGCUACUACAUAGAAAGUGACACCUACGUGGAAGACGACCCUGUGCCGUGCGCCUUCGCGGGUCACGGCCGGCAGUGCGCGGUGAACGGCACUGAGUGCCGCGGCCGUUGGGACGGGCCCAAUGGCGGCAUCACCAAUUUCGACAACUUCUUCUUCGCCAUGUUGACGGUGUUCCAGUGCAUCACCAUGGAGGGCUGGACCGACGUCCUCUACUGGAUGAACGACGCUAUCGGUUUUGAGCUCCCGUGGGUCUAUUUUGUCAGUCUGGUCAUCUUUGGUUCCUUCUUCGUUCUCAACCUGGUUCUUGGUGUCCUCAGUGGAGAGUUCAGCAAAGAGAGGGAGAAGGCGAAGGCUCGUGGCGAUUUCCAGAAGCUCCGCGAGAAACAGCAGAUGGAGGAGGACCUGUGUGGAUACAUGGAUUGGAUCACUCAGGCUGAGGACAUGGACGACCUGGAUGAAGAUGGAAACUCACGUCCAUCUCUGGGUGAUUUGUCAGACAAGAAGAAAGGGAAGUUUGGAUGGUUCAGUCACUCUAAUGAAACACACGCAAGUCUUCCCGCUAGCGAAACAGGUUCUGAGAACACGGAAAACAUUGAUGAAGAACAUACUGACUGCUGCCAGGUCUGCAGUGCUCGAAUGAUGAAGAUCGGCUGCUGUCGGACGUUGCGACGCUGGAACCGUGUGUGUCGCAGGAACUGUCGUACCGCCGUCAAAUCGGUGACAUUCUAUUGGGUGGUCCUGGUGCUCGUCUUCCUCAACACUUCGCUCAGCGCCUCAGAGCACUACAACCAACCUGAUUGGCUGACGCAGGUGCAGGAUAUCGCCAACAAGGUACUGCUGUCACUGUUCACGGUGGAGAUGCUGCUGAAGAUGUACAGCCUGGGCCUGGCGCAUUACUUCGUGGCGUUCUUCAACCGCUUUGACUGUUUCGUGGUGUGCGGCGGCAUCAUGGAAACUAUUCUGGUGGAGCUGGGCAUCAUGCCACCGUUGGGAAUCUCUGUGCUGCGUUGUGUCCGCCUGCUGCGUAUCUUCAAGGUCACACGCCAUUGGACAGCUCUGUCCAACCUGGUAGCGUCUCUGCUCAACUCCAUGAAGUCCAUCGCCUCGCUACUGCUGCUUCUUUUCCUCUUCCUCAUCAUCUUCGCGCUGCUGGGCAUGCAGCUCUUUGGCGGAAAGUUCAAUUUCGACGAGACACAGACCAAGCGCAGCACCUUCGACGCCUUCCCGCAGGCGCUGCUCACCUGCUUUCAGAUCCUGACCGGCGAGGACUGGAACGUGGUGAUGUACGACGGAAUCAUGGCGUACGGCGGCCCCGUCUUUCCUGGGAUGAUUGUCUGCAUCUACUUUGUUAUUCUCUUCAUUUGCGGAAACUACAUCCUGCUCAACGUCUUCUUGGCCAUCGCUGUGGACAAUUUGGCCGGAGGCGAUGGAGACGACAAGGCAAAAGAGAAGAAGACGGAGGAAGCCGAGGAAGAGGUGGAGGAGAAGGAAGUGAAGGUGGACAUUGAUGAAGACACCGAGUACGAGGAAGAGGAGGAGAUUCCGGAAGGCGAAGAUGACGGCGGUGUGCAGCUCAAAAUUGCUGACCUGGCCCCACCCAAGGAAAAGAUUCUUCCCAUCCCAGACGGCAGUGCGUUCUUCUGCCUCAGCAAGACCAACCCCAUCCGAGUGGCGUGCCACACUCUAAUCCACCAUCACAUCUUCACCAACCUCAUCCUGGUCUUCAUCAUCCUCAGCUCAUGCUCACUGGCCGCCGAGGACCCCAUCAGAGCGCACUCCUUCCGCAACAACGUUCUGGGUUAUGCCGACUACGCCUUCACCUCCAUCUUCACAGUGGAAAUCUUGUUCAAGAUGACAGUCCACGGAGCGUUCCUGCACCAGGGCUCCUUCUGCAGGAACUGGUUCAACUUGCUGGAUCUCCUCGUCGUCAGCGUAUCACUUGUCUCCUUCUUUUUGCAUUCCAGUGCAAUCUCAGUGGUCAAGAUCCUGAGGGUCCUCCGUGUGCUCAGACCUCUGAGGGCCAUCAACAGAGCCAAAGGCCUCAAGCACGUGGUCCAGUGUGUUUUUGUGGCUAUCAAGACCAUCGGAAAUAUCAUGAUCGUCACAACGUUGCUCCAGUUCAUGUUUGCAUGUAUCGGAGUACAACUGUUCAAGGGUAAAUUCUAUCGUUGUACCGAUGAGGCCAAGCACACUCCUGAACAGUGCAAAGGGACGUUUGUGGUGUACAAAGAUGGAGAUGUAAACCAUCCAAUGGUGCGAGAACGAAUUUGGCACAACAGUGACUUCAAUUUUGAUAAUGUGCUCAUGGGAAUGAUGGCACUCUUCACUGUGUCCACGUUUGAGGGCUGGCCUGCUCUGCUAUACAAAGCCAUCGACGCCAACGAGGAGAACUCGGGUCCCAUCUACAACUACCGUGUGGAAAUUUCCAUCUUCUUUAUCGUCUACAUCAUCAUCAUCGCCUUCUUCAUGAUGAACAUCUUCGUGGGUUUUGUUAUCAUCACAUUCAGGGAGCAGGGCGAGCAGGAGUACAAAAACUGUGAACUGGACAAGAACCAGCGCCAAUGCGUCGAGUACGCUCUGAAGGCUCAGCCCCUUAAGCUCUACAUCCCCAAGAACCCAGUCCAGUACAAGUUCUGGUCCAUCAUCAACUCCACGGUCUUCGAGUACGUCAUGUUUGUGCUCAUCCUGCUCAACACCGUCACGCUCGCCGUCCAGCACUACGAGCAGUCCAAGACCUUCAGCCACAUCAUGGACAUCCUCAACAUGGUCUUCACUGGACUCUUCACCGUUGAAAUGCUGCUCAAACUACUAGCCCUCAGACUUAGGCAUUACUUUGUGGAUGCAUGGAAUUCCUUCGACGCUCUCAUCGUGGUUGGCAGCGUGGUGGACAUUGUGGUGACAGAGUUCAGCAGCGGAGAGGACAGCUCUCGAGUGUCUAUCACGUUCUUCCGCCUUUUCCGAGUGAUGCGAUUGGUCAAGCUGUUAAGCAAAGGGGAGGGCAUCCGCACCUUGCUGUGGACCUUCAUCAAGUCGUUGCAGGCGCUGCCGUAUGUUGCCUUGCUCAUUGCCAUGAUUUUCUUCAUUUACGCCGUCAUCGGCAUGCAGACGUUUGGGAAGAUUGCCAUGCAGGAUCACACACACAUCAACAGGAACAACAACUUCCAGACUUUUCCGCAGGCUGUCCUCCUCCUCUUCAGGUGUGCGACGGGCGAGGCAUGGCAGGAGAUCAUGCUGGCCAGUCUUCCUGGGAAACGCUGCGAUCCCGAGUCCGACCACGAGCCGGGAGAAGAGUUCACUUGUGGGAGCAACUUUGCCAUUGUUUACUUCAUCAGCUUCUUCAUGCUCUGCGCUUUCCUGAUCAUCAACUUGUUUGUGGCUGUCAUCAUGGACAACUUUGACUACCUAACCCGUGAUUGGUCUAUCCUGGGCCCACAUCACCUGGAUGAGUUCAAAAGGAUCUGGUCAGAAUACGAUCCGGAGGCCAAGGGUCGCAUUAAACAUUUGGACGUUGUGGCUCUACUUCGGAGGAUACAACCUCCUCUCGGCUUUGGGAAACUGUGUCCUCACAGAGUCGCCUGUAAGCGUCUGGUGGCUAUGAACAUGCCUCUAAACGCAGAUGGCAUGGUGACCUUCAACGCCACCCUCUUUGCGCUGGUCCGCACGGCACUAAAGAUCAAGACAGAAGGCAACCCAGACCAGGAGAACGAGGAGCUGAGGGGGAUCAUUAAGAAGAUCUGGAAGAAAAUGAAACCAAAACUCCUGGAUGAAGUCAUUCCACCGCAUGAAGAAGAAGAAGUGACAGUUGGGAAGUUCUACGCCACCUUCCUGAUCCAAGACUACUUCCGCAAAUUCCGGAAGAGAAAGGAACGAGGGGGUCUAAGUGUGGAGACUGAUGCCACCAACCCUUCAGCUGUACAGCUGUGUAAAGCGGGUCUGAAGACUCUGCAGGAUCUCGGUCCAGAGAUGCGUAUGGCCCUUGAUGAAGACCUGGAUGAGGAAGAGGAGGAGGGGGAAGAAGAAGAAGAAGAAGAGGUGGAGGAGACCAUGAGGGAUGAGGAAGAGAUGGACACAGUGGGUCCACAUAAAGACCGACGAGGAUCCGGAAGAGUCAUAGGUGACAGCGGCGUGGUAAACGGCGGUUUGAUCCAUCGGGUCGGUUCUCUCGGCAAGAUGUCUAACGGCGGCGAUUACGACACCCGCAUCUCACGGCGAGACAAUCUGAGGUCAUCUGUCAACCAUCACCAACGCCGACCCUCAGUCAGGAAUGGCCUUCUAGACCACACUCACAAGAGGCCGUCACAUUACAAACACGGAAGGAGGGAUUUGAGGGAAAAACACUGGAGAAAUGGAGACAUGGACAUGUCUAGAGAGUCACGUUACUACACAAGAGAAGACGACGCAGACAGCAUCACAUCCACGGAAAGAUAUUACCCUGAUGAUCCUAUGCACCAUGAUGGCCACGCCCCCUAUAGUCACUAUGGUAACAGCUAUACCGAGACGAGGAGGACAACACGGAGGCGUCUUCUUCCGGCCACACCCACAGGUCGAAAGCCGUCGUUCAACAUUCAGUGUCUGAGACGUCAGGGCAGCAGCGACGACUUGCCCAUGCCCGGAACGUACCACCCUAAUUCUCCUCCACGCCGUUCCCGCACUCAGACGUACAGCAGUUACGACUGUCCUCCGUUGUCCGGUCGCUCCUCUGUGACGUCCUCCACAUCCUGGGCCAAUCCGUGUCCUCGUCGCGGUCGCCUCCUGUAUGCUCCUCUCAUUCUGGUGGAGGAGGAGGGCAGCCCGUCGUGGGGGCGAGCCGGAGGAGGAGAACAAGGAGGAGGAACAGGAGGAGGCUGCCAGGACAAGCUGGCGGGAGUUGGAAGAGGAGUUAACGUGACGGGAGCGGCGCCAAGUCCCGCCUGGUACGGCAGCCCGGGAGCCCCGCCUCCUUACAGAGCCUACACCACCCUCAGAGUUCCUUCGCAGCUCGGGGCUCCGUUUGGCGAGAAACGAGGCUCGGCUGACAGCCUGGUGGAGGCGGUUCUCAUCUCUGAAGGUCUUGGCCUUUACGCACGUGAUCCUAAAUUUGUGGCGUUUGCUAAGCGGGAGAUUGCGGAUGCAUGUCACAUGACCGUGGACGAGAUGGAAUCGGCUGCCAGCGACCUGCUGGGGUCCGCGAGCCACGACUUCCUCAACACCACCAGUGGAGAUCCCGCUGCACUCUACAGCGACGAGGAGCCAAUCAGGAUGAGCCGAGAAGAGGAAGAGCUGGCCGACGAGAUGAGCUGUGUGACGUCAUUUUGAUGGACAGAUGUUCACGGCAAAUCAGAAACCAGGGAGGUGGGUUGUCGGCAAAUUCUCGCAGGAAGUAAAAACUCAUUCAAGGAAGUAGCAGAGGAAGGAAGAUGGCCACAAUGUGCAUGUGCAUGGCGGCCUAAAGUCGCACAUCAGACGCGACCUUGCCAAGUGGGCGGUGCAGACGAACCUCCACGUGUUUACAAACAACAACUGCAGAAGAAAAACUUACAGUUGGGUGCUAUCUGUUAGCAUUGUCCAGCUAGCUGUGCAGUUCAAAUCAUUGACUUAUUUCUCCUGAUUUUGAUACUCUGGACAUUUUAAAUGUCUCCCAACAAACACGACAUUCUUGCUAUUGUUUAAUUUGAACCAGUUUAGCACAAACAUUAUUGUCUCUUUUGGACAUUAUGAUGCCGUAUUAGCCUAGCCUUUACAUAAGCUCACUGCUAACUGCAAAGGGACAACCAACCGGAUUUCUAGCCGACCUUCACUGUGCGAUCAGAAAGAGAGCUGCAACGUUGCAUAAGGGACAAUGGUUUCAAGUUCAACAAUGGCGGCGUGCAAAACGUUACGUUUUAACUAAGGCAUGUUUAAUUAUUCAUUUGUGGAGUACAUAGCAAUAAAAGAAAACUUUGCUACUUUUU